GGUACACUCACGUGUGUUGAGGUUUAUAUAUACCAAUACGCAUGAAGUGAAGGCACUCAAAGAAAGAAAGAGGCAGAGUACUACUACUAGUAGCAAUAGUGGUCACACAAAGAAAAGUCUUCAAGCUAGUAGAGUAGCCACAACUGAUUAAACUACAAAAAUCAAAGAAAGGAGAGUGAUUUUUGAGAUGGGGAGUGAAAUGCAUCAGUCAAGGUUCAGGAGGAUUUGCGUCUUCUGUGGGAGUAGUCAAGGCAAGAAGACUAGCUAUCAAGAUGCUGCUAUUGAGCUUGGCAGGGAAUUGGUGUCAAGGAACAUUGAUUUGGUCUAUGGAGGGGGCAGCAUAGGUUUGAUGGGUUUGGUUUCACAAGCUGUUCAUGAUGGCGGUCGUCAUGUUAUGGGAGUUAUUCCCAAGACGCUCAUGCCUCGAGAGUUAACUGGUGAAACAGUAGGGGAAGUGAAGGCAGUAGCAGGCAUGCACCAAAGGAAGGCUGAGAUGGCUAAGCAUUCUGAUGCCUUUAUUGCCUUACCAGGAGGUUAUGGAACUUUGGAGGAACUACUUGAGGUGAUAACCUGGGCACAACUUGGAAUUCAUGACAAGCCGGUGGGAUUGCUGAAUGUUGAUGGAUAUUACAAUUCCUUGCUCUCAUUUAUCGACAAAGCUGUGGAAGAGGGAUUUGUUAGCCCAAGUGCGCGCCAAAUCAUUGUCUCUGCACCAACAGCAAAAGAGUUGGUGAAGAAACUGGAGGAGUAUGUCCCCUGCCAUGAAAGAGUUGCUUCAAAGUUGAGCUGGGAGAUUGAGCAACUUGGAUACUCUCAUCAAACAUAUGAUAUCUCCAGAUGAUUGUGAGUUACACUGCAUGGAAGGGUGGAAGGGGGAGGUAGAUUGAAGUUGCAUUUAGAAUAAGCUAAUUUAAAAACACUCAGAGAUUGAUCUCGAGUAAGUAGUACCGUACAAUUGAUCUUGAUAUAUGGAACUUCAAGAUUUUUUUAGUAAUGUUUUGGUUUACUUUUCAAGU